UGAAAACAUGUUGGAUAUCAAAUACACAUAUUUAAAGUUUGUCUAGUGUGUUUAAGUCUAAACUAUUCUCGGAUAAUUUACGGACUUUGAUAAAUGACACAUGCAUUUCAGAAUUUGUGUAAAUAAGUUUAAUUUUGACACAUACAAUGUUGGUGGAUAAACCACCGCAGGACGAAGAAAUGCUGCUUGUAUGUUAAAGCAUGUCAACAAUUUAGCGACAUACGAUGAUAGACAAAUCGAGCGUGUGUUUGAAGCUUCAAAAAUCGCGGAGCACGUCUGGGUCAAUUGAGGUCAACUUGAGCAGUGGACAAGAACUAUUCAACAAGAUGAUUGUCGCCAACUCCAUGGGAGAGAGUCUCGGAGAAGACGCGGAUACGGGCAGUGUUGAUAAGUCACGACUCGGAUUAGUUGAAGCCUGUCGCGAUCACACUCACGGCGGAAAGUUUUGCACAAAGGACUUCUGUGAUGUAAGAGUAAAUGAUGUAAAAGAUAAAUGGCGAAAUAAUGAGGACCUUUGUGACGACCUUUGUGAAAUAAGUCAAGCGAGUGUAAAUAUUGAAGACUUGCACGACGAUUCAAAUGGUAUAAAUCAAAUUUCGGAACAAAAGGACGCGUACAGUAGUGUAUGUGAACGAACGGAUUGCUGUACUUAUCAAAUAUACACAGCAGCUGGCUUUGGACAGGAUAUCCUUAAACCAAGAGAACAGUGUUCAUGCGAGUGCCAGUCAACGCGAUCUUUCCAGUUAACAAACGGCAGUGGAAAAGCAGACGAGAAACAAGCAUUUAAAUGCAGACGAUCGUUUGAUAAGCGUUAAGUCCCGACGGAAUGCAGGACGCUUGACACAUAGUAAAAGUUUGAGAAGUGAUGUGACUGCAGAGGAUACUUAUAGUUCACAUUGUUGUAAAUUUAAUAUUUGUAAAGCCCUAAGUUCCUGGAUCCAUAAAAAUAUGGCCAUGUUUGUAUGCUUCCAGUGUUUAAUAGUACUCGUGCUGUGUGUAGGUGGCGUGUUUAUGGGGAUGAACUACUCAGGUGACAAAUCCAAGACGGCAACUUUGCAUAUGAAGCCCGGCUCGAAGGAGCCUCUUAUAUAUGACUAUCCAAGUGAGAGCGAGGUCGAUUACGUCAUAUCCGACAGGGACCGCGCGGAUUACCCUCACCAGCAUCAGGCGACACGAGUUAUACUGGACAAGCCCUUUCGGAGCGUGUCAAUAUCAGAUUUCCAAAGUCACCUUGCGCGUUCCAAAAGCGUGGCAGAUAUGUUAAAGAUUUUCUUCGAUGAUCCGAAUCUAACGGAGGAGCAGGUGCGCCAGAUUAUGUUCAUGAAGAGCCACCAGGGGUUGUAUGCGCCCAAUGGGGAGACGUCGUCUCAACGAGGACACAUGAUGAGCGACCUCGGUUCAAACAAUAUGGACGAAGCGUUCAAGCAUUACCGGGAAGUUGAAGCGAGCCCUGUUGCCGGCUGUGAACCAAAACCGGAAGUGGAACGAAUGGAUGACCACCAACACGAGCUGGGGCCUCGCACAUUCCUCCCAUCGUGUACCAUCGUGUACCGGUGUAGGAACACCACUUCUUGUUGUCCGAAGGGGUUUGAAUGCGUUCCAAAAAAGGAGAACGGAAUCCAAAUAAUCGACCGCUACUUUAUGGUUUUAGAGGCCGUCCCUGGGUCAGAUAGAAUGAAGCCUGCCAGCAAAGAUUUCAUCUAUGCCAAGAGCUACCAGAAUCAUACGGCCUGCGAGUGCGUUAAAGUGGAGUUUACAUCGAACUGUGCAAAGUUUUGCCCACACUCGUUCAAAAAAGAGCGACCCGGUCGGGACUGCAUAUGCGACUGUCGACAUCAACAUCGGAAGUGUCAGAGAAUCAUGCACGGGCAUCAAGCAUUGGACGAAGAAGAUUUAGUAUGCAUAAAAGAAGGCAAGUGCAUAAUUCCGGAAUGCUACGCAGGCGAGUUUAACGUUGCAAACGGUUUCUGUCCGUUCAGCACCCGCCGCAAACGAGACCGAGACAGGCUUUAGAGAAUUCGGGGGAAGUGUAUAUAGGGGUCCGGACAAAAGUGAACACAACCAUCGGCUUGCCCACCGAUUACC